GCGUGCUCGGAGGAGGGACGCUUUCUGGAGCUGUGGAGGCACAAACAAUGGACACCCAGAAAGAUGUUCAACCACCAAAGCAGCAGCCAAUGAUAUAUAUUUGUGGAGGGUGUCACUCCGAAAAUGAAAUAAAAUCCAGGGAUCCAAUCAGAUGCACAGAAUGUGGAUACAGAAUAAUGUACAAGAAAAGGACUAAGAGAUUGGUGGUUUUUGAUGCUCGAUGGAACAGGGGAGUUGAGGAACGUCUUCAUACAUUUGCCUCGUUGAUGUUUCUCUUUAAUGUAUAGCAUUUAACUUAGCUUACUUAAUGACUACAACUGUAUACCUAUGAUUUCAUUUUAGAAAUGCCAAUUGUAUUUUAAUACUCUGUAUAAAGGAAAUUUUGGGUCAGCAUACGACUUAAUUUAUUGUUCUUGUAAUUCCUCAUACAGUGAAGAUUAAAAGUGUUUCCCCAAACCA